CGAUUUCACCGUCCCUUAGCCGCCCCCAGAAUAUCCAUACUGCGACCCCCGCGCCGCGGGCGGCGGAAGUUCUAUCCACUUGCUCCGCGAGCACGAGAGCGCGACGAGGCCCACCCAGAACGCGCACAGCGCGUUGACGACGUGGACGUCGGCCGGCAGGAGCUGGUCGGACGAAGGAAAGCCCGCCCGGAGCGCGCUGCUCGCGAGCGUCAGGCCCUCGAGCGCGACGUCCGCGUGGAGCACGCCCUUCAAGAGCACCUUCUGGCGGUUGGCGUGGCGCGCCGCGAGCAUCGCCGCCCCGACGUUCGCGACGAAGAACGGCUUCGCGAGCCACCCGAGCGGCGCCUGGUAGUCGCGCGCGCGCUCGGCGAGCGACGUCGCGCGCCACGCGAGGCAGAAAAAGACGGCCGUGACGGUGCCGCGCGUCGCCAGGCGGAAGGGCCGCAGGUUCACCUUCAUAUCCGGCGGGGGCGGCACGUCCCACAAAUUCAUCUCCGCCGGGUAGGCCGUCGUGUACGGCGGCGGCUGCGGCGGCUGGCUCGCGCCGGCGGCGUGCAGCCGCAGCAGCAGCAGGGCGGAGAGGGUGCUGCUGGGCCACAUCGUUUCUUCACCGAUUACGAGGAUUGCGAGCAGCGCUUGGAGGUGCUUCCAGAGAGAAAGGAGCUGCAGCAGUGAGGUCUACAGAGAUGCGUGCUCAGAGAUGGCCACAGCUGGCGGUUAUGAAGCGUACCGAUACGACGAGCACGAACGUGUGCCGACAAAUCUAAUAUUGCUGCUCCACGGCUGAAUGCGAUUG